AUGGGUGGAGAUAAUUCAUUAACAGAGGUUGACCUCAAUACAUCAUUUGACAGCUUCAAUGGUGAAUUCCUAAACUAUAAUGACGAUUUGAAAUUAGAUUUACAAGACUUGCUUAACGAGGAUUCCGUCAUACCAAUUUCCCAUGAAGAUUAUAUAGAUGGCUCCGAAACUAGGUCUGACGACUGUGAUCCAUGCAAGCUGAACAUGACCAGUCCAACCAAGAAAAAUAAUCAUACCAAAAAUAUAGCUAUGAAGGGGAAUCAUAAAUUAUCCUUAGACUCUCCGAACCUCUCCCUUAAACCGGAAGCAACUGAUACAAAUAUAGUGGCCAAUGAAUUAUUUCAAGUAACGAGUAAUUUACGAGCAGGAAAGCAGCAGCAUCAGUCGGAUAUUUUUGGCUUAGAUGACGAGAACGACGAUCUCUUCUGUGGAAAGAGAUUAAAUAACGAUAAAAUAGACAAAUUAGUGAACGAAUUAGGAUUAAGAAAUAGAGAUGAUGAAAUAGAUUUUGAAUUGGAUGACCAAGUAAGAACAGGAAUUUUUAAGGGACGAUUUAAAAAACAUCAUCAUGAUGUGGACAAUAAUAAAGACGAUAUAGACUUGCUACUCACAGACUAUUUAACUAAUGCAACAAGUGCCAUAAACGAUGACAAAGAAAACUUAGCACCAUAUCCUGACCCGUUGAAAACUAUUAGAAACAAAGAUACCAACUCAAUUAAAAAAUCCAAUAAAGUAUUCUUCAAAGCUCCCAGGAAGGCUGGAUAUAGUAAAUCAUCAAUACCAGUGUUAAAGCCAUUGUCGAAUGUUACAAAUAUCGAAUUAAAAAAGCCUACUAAUGAAUUCAUGGUUAGGAAAGACAGUACAAUAUCACCUAACAGGAUAUGCACUCCAAAUCAUACGGGUAUCGAUGCGCCAUUUAAACCUUCGCUUAAAUACCAAAACUCUCCAUUUAAUAUUUACCUUGUUGAUUCGCUGACGGGCCUCAUAAACGAUGCAACCCAGUUUGGCACUGAACUCAAUGCCUCCAACUGCGAAGGUUUCCCAUUACCAGAACACGUAAACGAAAUAGUGCAAAUCCCAACUAACGAGGAGUCACAGAAGCCGGCAUCUAAGAAGCAAAAGCAAAAAAUGGCAAUCAUAAAAGCAUUUCAGAAUAAGUAUUAUUCGACGAAUUCUCAGAUUUCCAAAGACACUCGCAAGCGUCCUGGGUUUUAUAAUAAAGAAGAAUAUGAAAAAUACAAACACAAAUUAACUUCACAAAAUACUUCGGGCGUACAAGUUGUCAACCAAGCCACUCUUUCCCAGUCUGAAUCAGUAGAUUCGCCUAAUGACAAAACCAAUUCAGUCAGUAACAAAAAAACCCCUAAAAAGCAAAAGGUGAGAUGGGCUGAAAAGUUAGAAUGGUGA